GCUGUAACAUCACAGAUGUUGGUGCAGUCUGUUGAUGGAGGUAACAGUCAUAAUUUGUGCUAGUUAUGUGAAAAAGUCUAUUAAGAGGUUGGAGUGAAGAUGAAUACGGUAACAUCUCCUUCCGUUGAAUUAAGUUCAUAUCGAGAUCAGCAUUUUAAAGGUUCACGUGGUGAACAAGAAAGACUUCUCCGAACAUCCACCACCAUGUAUAUUGGGAAUCUCUCCUUCUACACCACAGAAGAGCAAAUAUAUGAACUGUUUUCAAAAUGUGGAGAUGUUAAACGAAUAAUUAUGGGUUUGGAUAAAUUCAAAAAGACACCAUGUGGAUUUUGUUUUGUUGAGUAUUAUAGCCGAGCAGAUGCAGAAAAUUCAAUGCGGUAUAUUAAUGGUACACGUUUAGAUGACCGUAUCAUUAGAACAGAUUGGGAUGCUGGUUUUAUUGAAGGGCGACAGUAUGGAAGAGGAAAAACAGGUGGACAGGUACGAGAUGAAUAUCGAACAGACUUUGAUGGUGGACGUGGAGGUUAUGGAAAGAUAGUUCAGCAGAAAGUGUCUACACCUGUUCAAGAUGUCUCAGUAUUCAAUCGAUAAUGAGAGUUCCAUGCAAACAGAUAAGUUAACAGCAGUUCAGUACCUGAGGCGGUAGUCUUCAUGAUCACUAAGGCAGAAAAUUUUGAGGCUUACUAGUGACAAAUGCAAUGCAUUAUAUUUGUAAUGGAGGUGGUGUCUUGAGCAGUGGAAACACAGGCUGUAAUUUCAAAUAUUUCUUGAAUAAAAUAGUGUAGUUAUAUAUGGAGAAAACAAAUUUUUUACUUAUAGUAAAUCAAUAAAUUUUAAUUAUGUGGAAGGACACAUAACUUUGUUACUCCCUCUUCAGAACAUAAUAAUUUAUGUAAUUCUGCUGAAAAUUCCAGUGUUUUAACUGCUCAGACGUGACAGACACAAUGGGGUGUUUACUGUACUGUUGGGUUGACUUAAAUAUGUUGUCAGUAAUGGGUCAUUUGGCAUGCCAUGAAAUUUCAUGUUUAAAUUUGUGCUUGUAUUAAUGAUUCCGUACCAAUCUUAUAUGUAAUAAACCCUUCUGAUAUUAAAUAUUUUUAUUUUAUCAAUCUAUUAACUUUAUACAUAGUUUUUUAGACUAAAGUGAAACAAUUUUGGACAUUGACAGAAAAUAUUUAUAAUACCCUUACAGUUUUAAAUGAGAUAUAAGAAAUAACUAAAAUAUCAACAAGCUGAUUUCAUAAUACAUCCCCAAGAGAAAAUACUAUCACAUUAAAUAUAGUACGAUAUUUGAAAAAUUAUAUUUUUCCAUCAAGAAGUGUUUUAAA